CACACACACACACACACACAUACACACUCUCUCUCUCAUACAUUCUUGUCCGCCUCUGCACCCCAGAUUUUGUCCCGGCGGGUCGGCGUUUCUCGGCCAAGUCCUUCAUCCUGCCCAUCCAGCCUCACUGAGCCCCUGGCGGCAACAGAAGGGCAGCGGCCAUGACGGAAGCGUCCACCAACAUGCGGCUGAAGCUGCCCGUCGUGUGCUUCAUCCUGGAGAUCAUCCUCAUCAUCCUCUUCGGGGUGCUGGUGGAGUACGACUACGAGACGGACGCCAAGAAAUGGCACAGCAAGAACCACUCCGACUACGAAAACGACUUCUACUUCCGCUACCCAAGCUUCCAAGACGUGCACGUGAUGAUUUUCAUCGGCUUCGGCUUCCUCAUGACCUUCCUGCAGCGCUACGGCUUCAGCAGCGUGGGCUUCAACUUCCUGAUCGCCGCCUUCGCGCUGCAGUGGGCCACGCUCAUGCAGGGCUUCUUCCACGGCAUGCACGAAGGCAAGAUCCACAUCGGGGUGGAGAGCAUGAUCAACGCUGACUUCUGCACUGGGUCCGUGCUGAUCUCCUUCGGAGCGGUUCUGGGUAAAACCAGUCCGAUCCAGCUUCUGGUCAUGGCGCUGUUUGAGGUCAUUCUGUUCGCCGUCAAUGAGUUCGUACUGCUGUCUGUUUUGGGGGCCCGGGACGCCGGUGGGUCCAUGACCAUCCACACCUUCGGAGCCUACUUUGGCCUGGUGGUGGCCCGAGUCCUGUACCGACCCAACCUGGACAAGAGCAAACACAGGAACAGCUCAGUGUACCACUCGGACCUCUUCGCCAUGAUCGGCACCAUCUACCUGUGGAUGUUCUGGCCCAGCUUCAACUCGGCCAUCACCGCCCACGGAGACGACCAGCACCGCACGGCCAUGAACACGUACUACUCGCUGGCCGCCUGCACGCUGGCCACCUACGGAAUGUCGGCCCUCACUGCGCACGACGGCAAGCUGGACAUGGUCCACAUCCAAAAUGCCGCCCUGGCCGGUGGCGUCGCCGCGGGAACGGCCGGUGAAAUGAUGCUGACGCCGUUUGGUUCCAUGAUUGUGGGCUUCUUGGCCGGCAUCAUCUCUGUGCUGGGCUUCAAGUUCCUCUCGCCCAUCUUGGAGGAGAAGCUGAAGAUCCAGGACACUUGUGGGGUCCACAACCUGCACGGCAUGCCGGGCGUCCUGGGCGCCAUCGUGGGGGCGGUCACCGCCGCCCUGGCAACCUCGGACAUCUACGGAGAAGGCAUGGCGGACGUGUUCCCGGAUGUGGCGAGUGGAGACGUGGAGGCCUCCUUCCAGGGGCUCCGACAAGCCAUCUCCCUGGCCGUGACCCUGGGCAUCGCCCUCCUGGGGGGGCUCAUCGUAGGCUUCAUCAUGAAGUUGCCGGUCUUUGGUGCGCCGCCUGACACCAUCUGCUACGAGGACAGCGUCUACUGGGAAGUGCCCGGGGACGAGGAGGGUCACGACGACCAGCUGACCACGGUGGUCUCUGCUGAGUGCGAGAAACUCAACGGUUAGACGGACACGCGCGCAUGCGCACGCACCUGGAUACGUCUUGGCGUAGGUUGCGCAGGUACAUCUGCAUGUCCCGCCCCCCCCCCCCAAAAAGGACACUAGUACAGGUUUUUACCACUAGAGGGCGACGUGCUGCCGGCUUGCCGAGCGGUCGUGACUGUUUGAUGACGUCAGCUGGCUGCCAGCCUCACACCAAAGACUCUUCUAGAAGUUAAAGUUACACACUAACAUCUCUAAAAAACCUUUUAAAGGUCCUACUGUUUUAUUUUGUAUUAUCACUUACUGUAGGUCAGGGGUUUUCUCUUUUUAUCAGUCCUAUUAAAAUGUAUGACUUCUCAUUUAAUCAGCCCUAAUUGUUUCAUAUUUUGUAUACUUUUUUUUUUUUAGGCUCAACAAUGUGUUGCUUUUUUCCAAAAAUAAACGGUCUAAGCGUG